AUGGCUCUGCCCAACCUGCGCAACAUUUUCGCCUCGUUCCGCUCGCCUCUCGAGGAGCGCGAGUACUCGCGCACCGCCUUCUUCAAGUUCCUCGGCUUCGUCCUCGUCACCAUGAGCAUGAGCCUCGCCGCCGUCAAGCACCACAAGCGCGGCAUCCCCGCCGGCUGA